UUCCACAUCGCUCUCAUAAACCCCUAAACCCCCAGAACCUUCUCCUUCUCCUCCCCCGCCGCCGACAAAACCCUAGCCCCCCGCCAUGGCCCUCGCGCUGCGCCUCCGGCGGGCCCUCGCCGCCGCCUCCACCGCGGCGCCCCUCCUCCGCCCGUCCGCCUCCCUCGCCCGGCCUCUCCCCCUCGGGCCUCCCUCCGCCUCCCCGGCGGCGCCGCUCCCGCGGGCGCCGUGGCGGCUCCUCCCCGGCGGCGCCGCCGGGUUCCGGUCGACGGCUGCGGCGGCAGCGCGGGGCGGGGCGGACUACGGGGCGGACGACAGCAAGAUCUCCCCCGACGAGAUCCUCUUCGAGGGCUGCGACUACAACCACUGGCUCAUCACCAUGGAGUUCCCGGACCCCAAGCCCUCCCGCGAGGAGAUGAUCGAGACCUACCUCCAGACCCUCGCCAAGGUCGUCGGGAGUUAUGAGGAGGCUAAGAAGAGGAUGUAUGCUUUUAGUACAACAACCUAUAUUGGUUUUCAGGCUGUAAUGACUGAGGAAAUGUCAGAAAAAUUCCGCGGUUUGCCUGGAGUUGUUUUCAUUUUGCCGGAUUCAUACCUAUAUCCAGAGACAAAGGAGUACGGAGGAGACAAAUAUGACAAUGGUGUGAUCACUCCAAGACCACCGCCUGUUCAUUAUAGCAAACCCUCAAGGACUGAUAGGAAUCGUAACUACCGAGGAAACCCCCAGGAUGGCCCUCCACAGCAAGGAAAUUACCAGAACAGCCGCCCUCCACAAGGAGGUUAUCAGAAUAGCCCGCCACAGCAAGGAAACUUCCAGACAUACCGCUCUCAGCAAGAUGGAAGAAGCUAUUCCCCACAGCAGAAUUAUGCACAAGGUGUACAGGAUGCUAGAGGUUUUGGGGGGAAUGAUUAUGCAGACCGUUCAGGUUACAGUGGACCACCUGGUGGCUUCCAAGGUCAAGCACCUCGGUACCCAGGGAAUCCAGCUGGUCAAGGUCAAGGUUACAGCAACCCCCAAGAGCGCAGGAACUUCUCGCAAGGGCAGGGAGGAGGUUUCAGGCCUGGUGGCACUUCACCACCUGGAUCUUAUGGCCAACCAUCAACACCUGGAUCUUAUGGCCAGCCAUCACCACCUGGAUCUUAUGGCCAGCCAUCACCACCUGGAUCUUAUGGCCAGCCAUCACCACCUGGAUCUUAUGGCCAACCAUCACCACCUGGAAACUAUGGCCAGGGACCUCCAUCAGCAUAUCCUGGAGGUAGCAGAGUUCCUGGUGUGAAUCCCAGUUAUGAUGGGGACAGCAGACAGGGGACAGGACCGGCAUAUGGUGGAGAUAACUGGCAAAGAGGUUCUGGUCAAUAUCCUAGCCCAGAUGAAGGACAAGGAAACUGGCAGGGUAGGCAGUAAAAGCUUAAGCGUUCCACUGAAGACAAACGUGAGACUUGAGAUGUAGAAAUCCCCACCUGUAAAAUAAAUGACUGGUGCAUUACACUCUUUUCUCUUGCAUUCAAACUCUUAAUUUACUGGCAUGUGUUGUUACCAAAGUUAUGGAUGCAAACUUAUUUUUGUUCGUUGGUCCGGAAGUUGGUAUUUUUAAACAACGAAGAAUGUGGAACGUUCUUUUGUCUCUA